CGUAUGAGUGGUGAGAUGAGAUUGAUCUCAUUCCAACGAGAACCGAACUCAUCGUGAGAAUGCAAGUGAGCGGACGGUUUAUAAAAGUAGGUGGAGCUAUGAGUUGGUAAAUGUUUUUGUUCAAAUUUAUGAAAAACAUGCAUGCUUUGAUGGAGUAAGGAAAGAAAAUCAAGAAAACAUUGUAUUUCCUUCGCGUUUAGUCUGCUCAUGCAAAUGUGUGCGUGAAGACGGCUUUCUUCCUACGCAACUUUGAUGUGCUCCCCUUUAGAUGGGGUAGCUUCGAAUGGAACACCACCACCACCAUCACCAUUGAUAUGCACAUCUGCGAUGAAGCAACAUUUUCUGGUGAGCUUCGGCAGAGGCGAAAAAACAAAUCCCACUAGAAAUUGUUUGUAUGAUGUUGUUGUUUUUUUUUCUUAUUUUAGUUUUACUUCUCUUGGUGGCGAAAGAGCAACGCGCGUUUGCGACCCGAAUGGCGGCCAUGAUAUGCAUUCUCCCUUGCAGUUUGCUUGCUACCGGCGCACGUAAGCGCACGUACGCAAACCUUCCAUAGCGCGAAUACGCGAAAAGGCGCGUGUUAUUUUUCGUCGUCGUUGUCGUUGCGUACGCUCAAGGGUGUGUGUUUUUUUGUUGCUGUACGGAAAAUGUGAAAUGUUAGGCGUAGAGAAAUCAGCACCAGGAGGUUCUGCUAUCUUCCGGGCGAACAAGUGUACCGCAAGGGUGUUGCAAAUAAACGCAAAAUAAAUAAAUGAAAUCAGCUUUGACAGAUUAUCGUUCGAUAGUGUUCCCUCUCGAAAAGCUCCAUUAAUUUUAACCCAAAAAACCCCGGGAAAUGGCUCGCGGAUGUGUUGAAAUUAUUUGCACUGUGCUGGUGCUUGUGCUGGUUUGUUUUCAUCGACGGGCGAUUGUUCUACAUUGAAUGCACAGCAUCUCUUUCGGUGGCAAAAUAGGGAGUGGAAAACAUCGCAUCGAGUGUGAGCUUUAGGUUGUUUUGAAAUAAAUAAAAAAAAAAAUAGGUUCACUGCCGACGUGUAGAGUGGUGCGAGUGAAUAGUGAAGAAUUGUGUCGAAAACGAGUAACAAAACAACAGCCAAACAAAAAAAACAUGUUAUUAGGAACGCAAACACACUGUGGCGGUGCAGGAGCGGCCACGGUUGCAGCGGCAGCUGCAGCUGCAGCACUGGUUGCAUCGAAAACGGGAAGCAGUGGGACAGAUUUUUCAAUCGCCGCCAUUAUGGCUCGUGGUGGAAAUAGUUCGAGCCGGGAACCAUCGGAGCGAAGCAGCAGUCCUCUCUCUGUUGAUCGAUUCCCGGAAGCGGAUGAUGAUAUCGAUGUCGAUGUGGAGCAAUGCAGUGAUUCGGAGGUGGCAGCCACUUCUAACCACGGUACAUCGAAGAACCGGGCAACCAAAACACGCAAGGAAACGACAUCACCAGCGCGUACUACUGGCAGCCCAUCCGACGAGGAACGACUCACACCCGAACCCGCGCAGUCCAAAUCAACGAUCGUAGGAUCGUGCAAUUGUGACGAACUGCGACCUGUACAGUGUCACCUAGAAACGAAGGAACUCUGGGACAAGUUUCACGAUCUUGGUACUGAGAUGAUCAUCACGAAAACUGGACGACGUAUGUUUCCAACAGUUCGCGUUUCAUUCUCUGGACCAUUGCGCCAGACAACUCCUUCCGAUCGUUACGUGGUACUGCUCGAUAUCAUUCCAAUGGACAGUCGGCGCUAUCGGUACGCUUACCAUCGUUCGUCCUGGCUGGUGGCCGGCAAAGCGGACCCACCGCCACCCGCCCGACUAUACGCACACCCGGACACACCGAUCGGCCCGGACGCGCUCCGCAAACAGGUCAUUUCGUUCGAGAAAGUCAAGCUCACCAACAACGAGAUGGACAAGAAUGGUCAGAUUGUACUGAAUUCGAUGCACCGCUAUCAGCCAAGGAUUCAUCUUGUACGUCUUGGGCCAGGACAAAGUAUCCCCAACUCACCAAAGGAGCUGCAGGAAGUCGAUCACAAAACGUACGUCUUUCCCGAAACUGUAUUCACAGCUGUAACCGCCUAUCAGAAUCAGCUGAUAACGAAGCUGAAAAUCGAUUCCAAUCCAUUCGCUAAAGGAUUUCGGGACUCGUCGCGAUUGACCGACUUUGAUAGUUACUGUGGCAUGGACCCAAUGGAUGCUCUUCUGCUAGAGCAACAUCUCCGCUCACCGAUGCGCCUCUUCCCAGACCCGAUGGCGAUGGCUCAGUUCGCAUCCAGCCAAGAUCCGGAUGGUUCAGCACAGGCCGCACUCUUCGAGAAAGCACGGCAGCAUCUACAGCUGUGGGGACGGUCGCCCUACAGCGAGAUGCUUCUACCCCAGAUGUAUCAGCGUCCUCCAGCAAGCCUUGGCGCACUCAAUCUUGGACUCUGGCAGGCAACCGGUGGUCAAUGGCCACCACAAAUUCCUCCCGGAUUUCUGCAGCAAACCGCUUCCCUGGCUGUAGCCGCUGCCGCAGGACAGAGCCCUCGCACACCACCGCCAGCACCGCCAGUUUCAAGCCCUUCGCCAAAUCCUGGAUCACCGUCGCCGGGUGAUGGGCGAGCGAGACAGCUGGGGAAUCGAUUCAGUCCCUACCAGAUACCUCCACAGCAUGUUCAGCAUCCACCGACAGCCUCGAGAACACCACCAAACUAGCCUUCUGUGUAAAGAGCACAUUGUUUGACAUAAUGUGACAAGAAUUCCCCCUGUAAAUAGACGCAAUUUGUAAAUAAUUGUUCUUUUAAUGCCACAGUAUUGUUAUGAUACAAACAAAAAAAACUGUCUCACGUAUUGUUAUUUAUUUUAGCCACCGGAUAGCAUUUCGUUUUUUGCAUUUCUUUUGUAAUGUAGCAGCAAAAGCGAUGCGUUAGAUUCUUUUAAACUUCUGUUUGAUUAUUUAACAAAUGAAAAUUACUUCAUUAAGUAGCUUUGUGAGUUUUAUUUACUGCGUUUAUUUGCUUAAUGUUAAUUUUAUACCACACGAUUGUUUAGUGCUGCUCUGUAUUUUUUAAAAGCAACAAGUAUUGUAGUGGGUGAUGUAUUUGUGAUUCGAUAAAUGAGUGAGUAAAUGAAAAUAAAAAUAAAAAUGAAAUUUAGUAAAUAUUCAUUACACAAAAAUCAAUGUUACAUAUAAAUUUAUGAAACCAAUCGUUAAAGAAAGAAAUAAGACAUUUAAAAACAUUUUAUACGUUCUUCAAAAACAAUCAAAUUAAAAGUAACUGAAAGUAGCAGUGUUCUCGAAAAAGAAAAACAUAAAGUAGACGAAAGAAAUUGCAUUGAUUGGUGGUAAGUUGAUUUAUCAAGUUCUGCUUCAAUUUGUUUAUUAGCUUAGCACAUUUCGAUUUUCUGUUCUUUGCACACAUGAUUACAACGGGGAAUUCUGUACAGAAUGCACAAGGUAAAGUGAAACAAAUCAUGCACAACAUGAAGAAACCUCAUCAUCGAUGGUGUGAAUAAUUUACUAUGUCUGUUACGACUGUCCAUAAAUCAUAACUUUGACCAAACUGUACGUCAGUCGGUAUGUGUAGUUUAUGCGAGGUUUU